GGGUGGGGGUGGGACCUGGGGGGUGGAAGGCCGGUGGUCCCCAGGCACUGCCUGGGAUUUGGGAGAAGAGCCCGCCACCUUUGCCUCAGCAAUGCUCACAAGAAGAUAAGUCGCACUCCCCACGGUCGUGCACGGGGGCAGAUUCAUAGGGAAGGCUCCCUUGGGGAAUGUAGGACUCAUUGCAGGACUUGGGGUGUUGGGAUCCCGGGCGUUAAUCAGGUCUAACCACAGAGCCGGAGUCAUUACUGUAUUCUGUACCCCCUUUCCCUGUGCCAUCAUGAUUCUCCUUGGCAGCAGCAUUAGCAGCCGCCUGAGGGUGAAAAUGUGGGUGAUGGGGAAGUUGGUAAUGACUCCGCUGUUUUUUCUUAUGGCUCCUUUGGGCAACGGCUGCCCGCCCCCGGUAUACACUGUAGUUGAUUGCAGGGAAGCCCUGUACCUCUCCCCUUCCUUCUCAACCGAUUUUGCACUUUUCUCUUUGCUCACCACCAAGUGUAAUCAAUAACACGCACUGACAAUAUAUAGCAAUAGUGAAAUCUGAAAUAACUAAGAAUUAAUUAGGUAUUUCAGCCAUGGAUCUGGCUGGGUAAAAUCCAAUUGGGUAUUUCAGUUUCAUUCACCUACCCUGUUUUGGGGGGUUAUUUUGGUGGCUUUUUUUUCCCCUUUCCUUUUUUUUUUUUUUUGACAUUCAGAAAGCAAGGAUCACAGUCCCCCUCCCCAUUCCUUUUCAUUAUCCCUUCUCUGAAAAGAGGGAAAAAAAUCCGGAUGGAUUUUAAGGAUUGGACUGAUGUCAGCUGUGUUUUAUUGCACACCUAAAUCCUAUUAAUAGGUUUUUCAGUUCCCCCACCUUUAUUUUGGCAGUUAAGCCAAAUGUGUUUUCCAAAAAGUUAGUUCAAGUAUUUUCUCCUCUUUCUUUCCUUCCUUCCCUUCCUUUUUCCCAUCUGACCCCAAACGUUAUUGUCCAAACAUGACUGGACAGCAGCUUUUGUUUCUUGACCCUGUAAUAUGACAGUCUGCUAAUAUUGCCAGAAGGUGCAGUUUUUGGGUUACAGUCUUGAUUUUAGCUAUUCAAUCAUAUUAGCAGGAAAAAAAUGACUUGUUUCUGUUGUACUUGAGUCUUAAGAAAAAGUGCCCAUAGUUUAGUGACAAUUUCCAAAGGCUUUAGUACCACCUGUAUUUCAAAAUGGGGGACCCAAACUCCCGGAAGAAACAAGCUCUGAACAGACUACGUGCUCAGCUUAGAAAGAAAAAAGAAUCUCUAGCUGACCAGUUUGACUUCAAGAUGUAUAUUGCCUUUGUAUUCAAGGAGAAGAAGAAAAAAUCAGCACUCUUUGAAGUGUCUGAGGUUAUACCAGUCAUGACAAAUAAUUAUGAAGAAAAUAUCCUGAAAGGUGUGCGAGAUUCCAGCUAUUCCUUGGAAAGUUCCAUAGAGCUUUUACAGAAGGAUGUGGUACAGCUCCAUGCUCCUCGAUACCAGUCUAUGAGAAGGGAUGUAAUUGGCUGUACUCAGGAGAUGGAUUUCAUUCUUUGGCCUCGGAAUGAUAUUGAAAAAAUUGUCUGUCUCCUGUUCUCUCGGUGGAAAGAAUCUGAUGAGCCUUUUAGGCCUGUUCAGGCCAAAUUUGAGUUUCAUCACGGUGACUAUGAAAAACAGUUUCUGCACGUACUGAGCCGAAAGGACAAGACUGGAAUUGUUGUCAACAAUCCUAACCAGUCAGUGUUUCUCUUCAUUGACAGACAGCACUUGCAGACUCCAAAAAACAAAGCUACAAUCUUCAAGUUAUGCAGCAUCUGCCUCUACCUGCCCCAGGAGCAGCUUACCCACUGGGCAGUUGGCACCAUAGAGGAUCACCUCCAUCCUUAUAUGCCAGAAUAGAGUGCUGACCAGCAAAAUGGAGAAGAUCAGAGAGUGCAGCAGCAGUUUUUUUUCUUUUUUUCUUACCACUUUAUUCUUUCAGAGUUUAAAGAAAAUGGACUCAUGCACAGAACACUAUGCAUUUUGAAACUUGUUCAUCCUGGAUUUUUUUUUAUCAUUUGUAUCUCAGAACUUAAAUUAGAUGUCUUCUGCACAGACUGUGUGAAAGAAGAUGCUUUGCAUAUUUGCUGCACUGCAUCAGCAUCUUACUAAAAAUGUGAAAUGAAAGGACUAUUGUACACUGAAAUGCUUAAAUGUAUCCGAAAGCACAAGGUGAUACUCAUUUUUGAUAGUCUUUCCAUUUGUGCUGGUUUUUGCCUCUUUGACAUCUGUCAUCAGUAUUUGGAGGGUGAGAAGUGAAUGUAACAGGUAUAAAUAACAUUUUAAAAACUUAAAGCUUUGUUAUAAUCACAUUGUUCCAGAGCACUGUCAGAUUCAUUCUAAUGACCAGAAGUGGUUGUUUAAAAAAAAAAAAAGAAAGAAAAAAAAGAAAAUACAA